AGUUACUAUUUUUUUGAGUAGAAAAAUAAAAUAGGGUUUUAUUUCUAUCAUCAGCAAGACAGUAAGUGUGAGUUGAGAAUUCUGGCUUCAGAUUGAGCUAAGUACAGUGGUUGAGCAAAGAUGUCGGGAUAUAUUAAGGCUGUAUGCUUUUACAUGGUGUUUGUAAUGAAUUGGUGUAAGCCUGCAGUUUCAUUUUCAGUAGUUGACUCUCUUCCUGGAUUUACUGCUCCACUUCCCUUCAAACUUGAAACUGGAUACACAGAGGUGGAUGAUUUGGAGUUUUUCUACUAUUUUAUUGAAUCAGAAAGGAACCCAGCAGAGGAUCCUCUAGUUCUUUGGCUCACUGGAGGCCCUGGCUGCUCUAGUCUUUCUGGGUUUUUCCUUGAAAUAGGACCCCUGCGUUUUAACAUGGUGGAGUACAAUGGCAGCUUACCAACUUUUUUCCUGAACCAAUAUGCAUGGACAAAGGUUUCAAGUAUAAUCUUCCUAGAUGCUCCUGUUGGUACUGGAUUCUCUUAUUCAAGGACCGCCCAAGGUUUCAAGACUGGGGAUAUGAAACAUGCUAUUAGUUGUUAUAAUUUUCUAAGGAAGUGGUUGCAGAGUCAUCCGAAGUUCAUCUCGAAUCCACUUUACAUUGCCGGAGACUCCUACUCGGGAAUGAUUGUACCUAUAAUUACUCAAGCAAUAUCAGAUGAUAUUGAAGCCAAACCAGUAUUGAAUCUCAAAGGUUAUUUGCUUGGAAAUCCAUUCACUGAUGCGAAAUUUGAUGGAAACUCAAAGAUUAUAUAUUAUAAUCGAAUGGCGCUCAUCUCUGAUGAACUCUAUGAGUCGGCCAAAAGCAAUUGUAAACAAGAAUACAUAGACGUAGAAAUCAGCAACAGAAUGUGUGUAAAGGAUCUCCAGACUAUCUCAGAGUGCACUGCACAUAUAAACACGAUGCAUAUCUUGGAGCCUUACUGCCCAUCCGAAUUUCCCGAAGUGCGAAAAUAUCUUUUAGAAACACAUGAAGACUCCUUGCAUCUGUCAGACGGAUACCCUCAAUUUGGAUGUCGUAACUAUUAUUGUUACCUUUGCAAAGUUUGGGCAACUGAUAUCAGUGUCCAGAAAGCACUUCAUAUCAGAAAGGGAACAAUCAAAGAAUGGGUAAGAUGUAACAAAAGCAUGGAUUAUGACUAUGAUGUUGCGAGUGUUGUAAGUUAUCAUCUAUGUCUCAAUACAAGAGGUUACCGAGCUCUAAUAUACAGUGGUGAUCAUGACCUAGCUGUUACAUAUGUGGGUACUGAAUCAUGGAUUAAGUCCUUGAAUUUAUCCAUUGUUGAUGAUUGGAGGCCAUGGAUUGUUGAUGGUCAGGUUGCAGGAUACUCGAGAGAAUAUGGAAAUAACUUCACAUUUGCAACUGUCAAGGCAACAGGUCAUACAGCUCCAGAGUACAAGCCUAAGGAAUCUUUCUCCAUGUUCAAAAGAUGGAUUUCUCAACAACCUCUGUGACUGUAAAAAUUCUAAAAAAGAGCUCUUAUUCCAUUAGCUCCAAUGUUAAAAAAAAAAUAAAAUGUUGUAAUAGUUUGUAUUUAGAUAAUGUUUUGUGCAAUUUGUCUUGUACAAGACAUUAGUGUGAAACAUUAGUGUAAUAAUAUGAGAAUGCAACUGAUAAUAUAUGAUUCUUAGUUUAAAGGA